AUGGGCUACAUCAUUGAUGUUUUAGUAGGAAACAUAAUAGGUUUUAUCGCUGGAACGGUACUGACAUGGUCGUCGCCAGUGCAGUUGGAUUUAGAACAUCCCACAGAUGCUCCAUUUGGCUACCCGCUAACGUCAGAACAAACGUCAUGGAUUUCGUCAUUGUUAGCCCUGGGGGCUAUAGUCGGACCCUUCGUCUUCGGAAUAUUGGCAGAUAAGAUAGGAAGAAAACCGACCUUGCUCGUAUGUGCGGUACCCUUCCUGAUAGGCUUUCUUGUCUUUUCUUUCGUGCUAUAUCCUUGGAUAUUCUACGUCGCUCGAUUCCUGAUGGGAAUGUCAGUAGGGGGUGUCUUUACGGUGGUACCUAUAUAUAUAGGGGAGGUGGCUGAGGUUUCCAAUAGAGGAGCACUCGGUACAUCCUUGAAUUGCUACAUCUGCUUUGGAUUCUUCUUUUCUCACUUUGCCGGUUCGUACCUCAGUUUCUUCGUGUUCAAUUUGAUUUUAUCUAUAUUUCCCGCUACAUUCAUAGUGCUAUUCUUUAUAAUAGCCGAAGAAAGCCCUCACUACUAUGUUAUAAAAGGGAAGCUUGAUCAAGCUGAGAUGGCGUUGAAAAAAAUCAGAAAAGGCAGUGAAGAAGUAAUAAACGAAGAACUGAUGGAAAUGGUAGAGAAAGUGAAGGAAUCUCAAAGUGGAUCCUUCCUAGAUAUUUUCAAGCACAAAGGGUUGAGGAAGGGUUUUUUAAUUUGUGUCUGCCUUUUAGGUUUCCAACAGUUUUCCGGGAUCAAUGCGGUAUUGUUUUACGUCGAAGGUAUCUUCACAUAUGCCACCACAAACUUACAUCCUAAAGUUUGUUCGAUUAUCGUAGGUGCUACACAGUUUUUAACUAGUUUUACAACUCCUUUGGUGGUCGACCGUGUUGGUAGAAAAGUGUUACUUAUUGUAUCUGCUGUAGGAAUAAUAAUAUCUGAAGUUCCACUUGGGAUUUACUGUUACAUGCACAUAAAAGGAUACCAUGUUGAAGAUGUAGGAUUUAUACCGAUAUUGUGCCUUGUAAUGUACAUUAUUAUGUUCAAUACAGGUUUGGCAAUACUGCCCUGGUCCAUGAUGGGUGAGCUAUUCCCGGAUAGCGUUAAGUUUAAGGCCUCUUCUUUAGCUACUUCAAUUACUUGGUUUCUCGGUUUCUUUAUAGCGAAGUACUUUCCUAGUGCGACUGAUAACGUUUGGUUAGGUAUUGCAUUCUGGAUAUUCGCCGGCUUCUGCAUAAUAUGCAUACCUUUCACUAUCUUUUAUGUUAUCGAAACGAAAGGGAAGAGUCUACAAGAAAUUCAAGACAUUCUCCAAAAUUUAAAAAGACCAGCUGUUCAGGGACUACAAAUUGAUUUAGAAGAAGCGUAA